AUGACCAAGAAGAGGAGGAACAAUGGGUGCGCCAAAAAGGGCAAGGGCCAUGACCACGUGCAGCCCCUCCGCUGCACCAACUGCACCUGCUGCAUGCCCAAGGACAAGGCCAUCAAGAAGUUCAUCAUCCGCAACUUCGUGGAAGCCGCAGCAGUCUGGGACAUCUCUGAGCCCAGUGUUUUCGACUCUUAUGUGCUCCCCAAACUGUAUGUGAAACUGCAUUACUGUGUGAGCUGCACGAUCCACAGCAAGGUAGUGAGCAAUCGGUUUCGUGAGGCAUGA